CCAUCUCUUCUAAAUUUUUUUUGCAUCGCAUUCAGCCAAGUCGCGUUCUCGUCUGCCAUUUGUCAAUCAACAUCAACAUCACAACCAAACCGAUCCUUCAACCCGCCCGUGCACGAAACCUUCCAUUCCGAGCAUUUCAGCACUUCGAGUGAUCGCAUUUUAAAUCAAAAUGUCUGAUUACGGUGAUGAUGGAGACAUCGGUGGAGGAGAUGAGCCUAUGUACGAGGACGAGGAACCCAUCGACGAGGAGCUAGAUCCCGAAGUUCCUGACGACGACGAGGCCAAUACUAGAGGCGCCGAAGAGGAGGAAAAUGUCAUUCUCUCAGGCGAUCCAUCUGCGGCGGCCAACCGAACCAAGACCACUACCAAGUCCAACAAAGACAAGAAGGUCCCUAACGAAGAGCGAACGACGACUCCCUACAUGACGAAGUACGAGCGCGCUCGCGUAUUGGGUACCAGGGCACUACAGAUUAGCAUGAAUGCCCCUGUUCUUGUUGACUUGGAGGGCGAGUCGGAUCCUCUUCAAAUAGCUAUAAAGGAACUGCGCGAGAAGAAGAUCCCUCUAAUCAUCCGACGCUACCUUCCCGAUGGCUACUACGAGGAUUGGUCAUGCGAAGAGCUCCUCCAAUGAACGGGUUUUUUGGUAUCAGCCUCAACCAUGGCAGCCUGGAUAUCUGACCACCUUAAAUCGCCUAGAGCCAUAUUAAAUUGGUCACAGAUGGGGUUGGCGCGUAGGACUGCGUGGGAAAAAGAUUCGUUCAGUGGUUUUGAGAAAUGUGCACGAGCGCGGAGUUAGUUGGUUGCUUUUCGGAAUAUACCAGAAUUUUCCAUAAGCAUUAUGCCUCCAAGUGUACCGCAAUCAUGGAACGAAGUCCUAUUUGGUUGACUGCGUGCGCGUAAUUGCCUCGUUUAUUAGCCAGUGGCUAGGUUGCCAUGUUAUCUGCAGUUUGGCUUUGCCGUCUGACUUGGAGGAGAGGUGAGCGUCUCAUGACUAUCAUGUGCGCGCUGAUAAAGAAGGAUUUUGCCGGAUACGGUCAAGAUUCCUCACCGAGCUCACCGACAAUUUUGCGGUUUGCUACGGAUUGAUUGGUCGUGUUACCACGUCUGACUGGUGAAGGCAAAAGAACGGAUAAUGCAUUUUGAUAUCCUUCUCAGUCAAGACCAACACAUAUAUGUAAUCUCCAUUACAGUUCCUCAAUCAAUUCCAUCUCUAAGCAGGCUAUCGCGCUUAUACUAAGUAAUAAGUGCGUUCUAUUCUAGACUUUAGUAGGUUUGCCAGCACAUUCAAAGUGGC